GUGUAUAAAGGCCUGGCCCCAGCGGCCAGAGCCCCAGCUGCUGCGGUGGGUUCCCCGACCUUGUCUCUACGGAGGCACCCUUUGGGUGCCGAUCGCCGCCCGAGGCCGCGGGGGCCGGCAGGACGUCGGCCCGAGUGCUCCCCGCCCCCACCCCUGUCCAGGCUCGCCCGCAGCUGGGCGCCCGGUCAAAGAAGCGCUCGGGAAAGCGUUCUCGCCACCGUCCGUUCUGCUCCCGAGGCCCCCACAGGCUGUGAUGAAGCCGGGCGCCGUUCAGCCGGCAGGUCGCGGGGAUGAGAACCAGCCCCAGAGAGGCCGGAUUGAGGACGCACCGGUGCCAGCUGGCGGGGGGGGCGCUGCAGCGAAGGCAGCGUUGGCCCCCCUCGCCUCCGUCUCCCCUUUUCCAGAAGCUGCGGCAGGUCAGACGCAGCCCAGCAUUCCAAUCGCGAGGCGUCUCACCAUUGAUGACUUCGAAAUCGGGCGCCCUCUGGGCAAGGGGAAGUUUGGGAAUGUGUACCUGGCUCGGCUCAAGGAAAGCCGUUUCCUUGUGGCCCUGAAAGUCCUCUUCAAGUCCCAGAUAGGGAAGGAAGGACUGGAGCACCAGCUGCGCAGGGAGAUUGAAAUCCAGUCCCACCUGCAGCACCCCAAUAUCCUCUGCCUGUACAACUACUUCCAUGACGCACGCCGGGUGUACCUCAUUCUGGAAUAUGCUCCAAGGGGCGAGCUCUACAAGGAGCUGCAGAAGAGCCACACGUUAGAUGAGCAGCGAGCAGCCACGAUAAUGGAGGAGUUGGCAGAUGCGCUGACCUACUGCCACAAGAAGAGGGUGAUUCACAGGGAUAUUAAGCCAGAGAACCUGCUGCUGGGGUUCAGGGGUGAGGUGAAGAUUGCAGACUUUGGCUGGUCUGUGCACACCCCUUCUCUGAGGAGAAAGACAAUGUGUGGGACUCUGGACUACUUGCCCCCAGAAAUGAUUGAAGGGAGAACAUACAAUGAGAACGUGGAUCUCUGGUGCAUUGGGGUGCUCUGCUAUGAGCUGCUGGUGGGAAAUCCACCCUUUGAGAGCAGCUCCCACAGUGAGACCUACAGACGGAUCCUCAAGGUAGACGUAAGGUUUCCCCCCUCAAUACCUUCGGGAGCCCAGGACUUGAUCUCCAGGCUUCUCAGAUACCAGCCUUCCGAGCGGCUGCCGUUAGCCCAGAUCCUGGACCACCCCUGGGUCCAGGCCCACUCUCGGAGGGUGCUGCCUCCAUCUGCUCAGAUGGCCUCCUGAGCUGUCCGUCCUGUUCCUCGGUGUUUGGUCAGGGACCUCUCUUUGCUGUGCUCUUCUAUUUCGGUUUUUUUCUUUUUAGAUGUGAGAUGCUAAUUAAUAAAAGUGGAAUCUUUUUGU